AUGACCGGGGCGCGGAGCAAGCCGGUUUCAGGCGGGGGGGGGCCUGUGGCUUCAGGCUCCGCGCUUCGCCGCCGUCCGGGUUUUUCCUCGUUUCUGCCGCUGCGCGUGCGAGCCUUUGCCAGUCGCGUGCAACGCUACUUCAGUCUGAAGUCGCUCUCUGUGUUUGUUGUCGUCCUCGGCGUGUUUUACUACCUCGGUCAGCAAAGGCUCUUGACCGUCUCGCACUUCUCUUUCCUGACCUCGGGUCUGGGGCUGCACUCCGCAUUCAACGUGCCCGUGCGGCACUUUUCGUUUUCUCUCCACUCCGACAAGCGUCCCAUCGCCGAGGCAGAGAAGCGCGCAGUCGCCGGCGCAGACUUCAAGGUCUCAUGGAGCACCGAGCCCAGUCUGCCAGUCGGCGCGAGGAUCACGACGCACGUAGUCAGCAAGAAGAACGGCGACUUCCUGCUGCGCUUCCGCGUCCUCGACAGCAUCCCGGCUGGAUACACGCUCAAAGCCAAGGCACUGUACACGGGAAAAAACUUCGAAAAAGCGAUCGUCGACCCCCUCGUGGUUCGGAUCCCUGGACCAGUUCUCGCCCCUACAUGCGCCUGCCCGGCCGCUGCGUCCGCGUGGAAAGAAGCGCUGCAGUGCCCGGAGACCUUCACGCAGCUCGAACGAGAUUUCGCGAAAUUUCCGGUGAUCGACCUGGAGCGGCUGCGCAAGGAAGGCCCGGCGUUCGCGGAGCCCAACACGCUGAAGACGGUCAUCCACUAUGUAGUCAAAGACAACCAAAUCUUCCGGCGGCACUUCGGUCCUCUCCCCGGCUUCCAGUACUUCAUCGAUCUCGUCCUGAGCUACCUGGUCGCAGCUGUCCAGCUUCCCGAUGUCGAGUUCUUCGUGAAUCUGGGUGACUGGCCUCUGGAGAAGCGCCAGUCCCCCGACGCACUGCCGCUCUUCUCCUGGUCGGGCUCCGAGGACUCCUCGGACAUCAUUCUCCCGCAGUGGGACGUCUCCAAGACCAGCACGCUGGGCCUCGGCAAGGCUUAUCCGGAUCUGCUGAGCAUGCAAGAGAACUCUGGGCUGCCGCUCUCUGAGCGCAUCGCGAAGGCGGUGUUCAGAGGCCGCGACAGCAACGAGAUUCGCGUGAAGUUGGCAGAGCUGGCUCGGCAGCACCCCGAUUUGCUGGACGUGGCCAUCACGAGCUGGGAGAAAGACGAGCACGCCGAGCAGGAAAAAAAACUAGGCGGCGGAUACCGUUCCCGCAUCCCACUAGAAAAAUUUGGAGACUACAAGUACCAGCUCUUGGUCGACGGCAGCGUCGCUGCCUACAGAACGCCUUACCUCCUCAUGACGGGAAGUCUGUCACUGAAGCACGACUCGCCGUACUACGAGUGGUUCUACGCCGACUUGAAGCCCGGCGUCCACUACCUGCCGUUCAAGCGUGAUCUCUCUGACCUCGUCGAGCAACUGAAGUGGGCGGAGGCGCACCCUGAAGACGCGCAGGCGAUCGCGGACCGUGCGCGCAAGUACGCUCAAGAGAAUCUGACCCCUGAGAAGAUCUUCUGCUACUACUUCAAGGCUUUCGAGACCUACGCAGCUCGACAGAAGGGAACUCCCACGGUCACAGAGGACAUGGCCAAAGUGGAGCCUCCGGCGAGCGACGCAACCUGCGCGUGCGACUCGAAACACCCGCAGGAAGCGAAGAAGAUCUCUUACCCAGUUGUUCCCCUGACCACCAGCAAUAUUGCUAAAGUCCUGGGAGAUGCCCAGACGGACGUCGUGAUCGUCUCAUAUUCGUCGUUCUGCAACCGCAGCGCAUCCUUCAUGCCUAAGUACUUGAAGGCCGCGCAAGCGUUUGCUGCGAAGAAGGCGCCCGUUCUGUUCGCAGCGGCGGAUGGCAACACCAAUACCUUUGCACCUCCUCACAGGUUCUGUAAUUACGCGUCGCAGCCAAGAGUUAUUUUCGUGCCACAGGGCAAAGGACAAACCGGCGAAGACGUGCAGGUCAUGGAGGACCCUCUCACCGUGUUCAACACAGUGGCCUUCGUAGCGAAGCAUGUGGCGCCGGAGUUCCGCCCAACUGUUCCUGAAGAUCCCCCGGAGCUUAUGUCGCAGCCGGUCCCCACAGACAACUCCAAGCCCGUCAAGAUUGUCGUCGGCGCGACUUUUGACAGCUUUGUGCUGGACAGCGACAAGGAUGUGCUUCUCGAGGUCUACGCGCCUUGGUGCGGACACUGCAAAAGCCUGAAGCCGACCUACGAGGAGUUUGCGAAGCUGGUGUCUCAGUCUCCGUCCGCGUCCAAGUCUCUCGUCGUCGCCAAGAUGAACGGGACAGAAAACGCGACCCGGCACAAGCAGUUCUCGUGGACUUCCUACCCCACAAUCUGGUUGAUCAAAGCCGGCUCCAGAACGCCGACGCCGUUCACGGGUCCGCGGACGCUCAGGGGCUUUUACGAUUUCAUUCUGAAGCAUGGAAGCAACCAGUCGCUCAGCAUCGACGGCAUUCCACCGCCGGAGCCCGAGUUUCCCUCCGGCCCCAGUGCCGCUGCAGAAGUCACCGCCGCCAACUUCGAGCAACUCGUCCUCCACAGCGCCAAGGUAGGCGCGCCGGUCCUCGACGCACAUGAGAAAGGUUCUUGA